CUUUGGUUGGGAGUACUCGCACCCCGAGAAAAAACAGGCUGUGUCAGAUAUUUAGUGAUGUGGAACUUUAUAAAAGAUAAAAUAUGACGGGAAUAAACAUUGUAAAAAAAGUCUUGAUUGUCGUUUGUGUUAUCGUAAUAAGUGCAAUUACAUCGUCCUCAGGAGCUAUAUCGGAUCAACGAUUAUGUUUCGAUCCAAAAUGUUCGGAACCCGUUUCGAUUGCUACUACGUUGAUGAGAUACCAGUCCAACGAUCCAGCCAUUCUGUCAUUCGAAAGCAACAUCGAUGUAACAGUUUUCAGCAAAGCAGCUGGCAAAAGAAAAGACCUGUGGGGUGUCGAGAUAAAUGGAAAAAGAGGAUACAUCCCGGUGAAUAUGAUAAAAGAAAAAAGGGUACUGAAGAAAAAUUUGAUCCACAAGGUGCCGACAGAAGAGUCAGAGGCAUCUGCCGAAACCAAUAACGUGCCAAAUGUAACAGAAAAUGUAGAAGCAAUUCAAAAUAUCCAAACAAAUCCACUGAGUCAGGAAGAGACAGAAGAAAAAUUGGUUCCAAUGCCGAGUCAAGUUUCUCCUUCAUUCGAGGUUCAUGAUGGAACAACAAUACCUUUGGUUAUGAUCGAAGAACCUUCUGUGCCAAGUUACUCCACCGUAACCCCCCAAGCUGAGCCUGAAGUCCAGGAACACCCGGUGCUCAGUGUUCAUCCGAACAUUGCAUCGAGCGUAACGUUGGAAAAUAAAGUAAACGAAAUUUCCAUCGACGAUACGAUUGAUGCGCCAAAAUACUUGGAAAUGGCGGGUUUGAGCAAAGAUUCAUCGAGCGAGCAGCUCAAUAAUAGUCCAGAUGAAGAAUCGAGAAAAACUGUCCCAAUUGAAUUGAAUUAUUCGAACGAACGCGAUUCAGAAGACUCAUCAAAUGUACAUCGAAUUCCAAACGAUGUAAUAACAGCGACUAAUGCGAAUUUAGCAUCUGAAAAUAACGUUCCUUUGAAACUGCAAGAUUCAGCAGUGAAUGAUGAUCAUUCAUUGCAUCCCGAAAAGCCGAUUGAGCCUGAAAACCUCACAAAUAACGUCUCAAACAAUAUGGGAGAAGAGUUGACCGAAAAUUCCGAAGAUAUCAGCUCUCAGCAAGCUGAGACUGAAAAGACAUUAGGAAAUCUCGUCGUUCAAAAUGGGGAAACAGCAGAGACUGGGGCAGUCAAGGAAGUGAUAAAAGAAGAGGUGAAUUCGAGCGAAAUACCUGCAGAGCUCGUUACAGAACAAAAUAUAGAAACGCGUGUACAAAACAACAAAGAAAAAGUGGUUGCUGGGAUGCCUGUAAUGCAUGAAGAGCAAAACACAACUGAGCAACCGGCCAUAAAGGAAGAAGAAAAAUCGACUGAAACGCUUGUAGUAAACGAAGUGGAAAUAACGCCUGAAAUGCCUAUAGCAAAUGAAGAGGAAAGUACGAUUGAAAAACCUAUAGAAAAAGAAGAGAGAAUCGUGACUGAAAUGCCUGUGAAAAACGAAAAGGAGAAAAUUGCUGAGGAACCCAUAGUAAAUAAAUUCACCACAAAAUCAGUUGAAUCGCAAAACUCAAAAAUCCCGGCUGAGAAUACGGUUGCAGCAUCUACGGAAACGGAAAAAAUCUCAGAAAACCAAACGAUUGUUCCUCAAACGGAUGUAAAACUGGAAAAUGAUGUUACGACCAAGCCCGAUACGGAACCGUUAAAAGAAUCACAAGUUGAAAUCGGCGCUCCAAUCCAGGACGAUCACCCAGUCAGUGAGGAAAGUUCUGACGCAAAAGCUAGUGAGGAAGUGCCUCCGAAUUUAGAUGUAAUGAAUCCAAUAUUCGGCCGAUUGUCAUCGAUGGUAAAACAGGCAGUCAAUAAUGCGUUUUCGGCAAAUUCCGAGACAGGAGAUGAAACAUUGAACGAUACAGAGCCUGAAAAUAAAAUCGAUGAAAACGAAAGUAAAUCUGCUGAAAUUCAAUCGGAAGAUUCUACAACCAAAACGGAUUUUAUUGACCAAAUUGAUCACGAAAAAAUUGUAAAUAUUGUUGAUAGUAAUAAUAAUAAUCUAGAAAAUGAGAUUAACAGAAAUGAUAGUACUGCCGAUAACGUCAACACUACCCAUGAUGUAGUUAUUGACAGUCCUGUGCAGCCUGGCAUCUAUAAAGAAGAUGAAUUAUCAGGCCUUGAUCAGGUUAAAUAUGCUGUUGACGAGACUCCGAACUUCAAUGGAUUUCCGGCUAACAGAAAUUUGUUGAACGUUGGGAGCAAUUUUCAGCCUGACAAUCAUGAAUCGGCAGCAGACUCAUCUGAUACUUCCCAGGAAGAGAGUAUGCAUGAGUUUAUGGAAAACAAAAAGGAAAAUGAAGUUAACGAGAAAUUAGCAGACAAUGUACUGGAAACUACUCAUACUCCGAGUGAUAAUUUUAAUUUGGAAAGAGAUAUUGUGACAGAAAGCACUGAUUCUUGUCUAGUCGAUAGCACAUGUCAAAAACCGGAAGGCCUUGAUGAAAAUCAUAGUUUUGUACGAAAAGAGGAAGGGGAGACCACUAAGGAGGAAGUCGAUGUUAUUGAUGUUGUAUCAGUAGGACGAAAUUAUUGGGAAAUCUUGACGUACCUCGUUGUAACCGCGCUCACAACAUUACUAUUUUCACUUGGAUAUUAUUACAUCGAGAAUAUGAGGCGGGAUAGCCAAUACAUAGCAAAAAUAAAUGAACUGGAAAAGCAGCUUCUAGUUUGCGGCAAGGAAUGUACGAUGCUGGACGAUACCCUGAAGUCUACCAAAACGAAAUUGGACUCCAUUGAAGACGAAUCUUUUGGAUCCAACGAAAUGGUCGCAUCUCUCAAAGCAGAUUUAGAAGCAUCGAAGACUGCCAAAUCAGAACUGGAAGAUCAAGUAGCCAUACUUGAAAAGGAGUUGGAAAGCGCAACCGAAGCAGGCCUUGAACUGGAGCGAAUGCUACGAGAAAUUCUCACAACCAAUAACGAGGAUAAUCCGCUGGCGCGAUCGGUCGAAGAUUUGCAGACAAGACUGAACGCUCAGCAAGCGGCAAACGAGGCAUUGACCAAUGCUCUUAAUUUGAAAGCCCAAGAGCAGCAUGAUUUUGAUAGAGUCGAGAAUGAAGCUUUAACCGCUGAACUAAAAGCUUCGAGUCUCAAAUCCGAACAACUCGAAGUCGAAGUCACUCGACUUACCGAAGAACUCAAACAUCAAUAUAACUUGAAGAACAACUUGGAACACACUCUUUUGGAGAAAGUUGAGAAUCUUGAAAAACAAGUGAAAGACAUAACCGCGGAAAGAAUAAACUUGCGACAACAAUUGAAGGGCAAAGAAAUGGAAUUGAACGAUUUACUCGAAGUCGUUAAUCAAAUGAAUAUCAAUAAUUUGGACUUUGAUAAAUUAUACAAUGUUUCCAAAGUCAAAGCUGAGGCCAGUCAACUUUUAGAAGAACGUGACGAUCUCAAAAUAAGAUUGGCCGAAGUUGAAGGAGCGCAUCAGUUGUUGGAAGAACACGUGAAACUCAUCAACGAAGAAGUGGCUUCAUUAAGCGAACAAUGUAAACUCGCCGAAAAAGCGAAAAGAGAUGCUGAGACUCGUGUCGAGGUUCUUUCCAACUUUUUCAAGGAAAAAGAGGCUCAACGACAAAAGGAGGAAGCGGUUUGGCUGGAAAAACAGGGUGAAGUUUCAUCGACAGUGGAAAGGUUGCACGCGAUGCAGAACGAAAUUCACAAUUACAAACAACAGAUAGAAAUGUUGAAGCGUGAAAUUCUCGAUCAAGAGAGAGAAUACAAAAAUCAAAUAUCCACAUUGGAAACCAAAUCUCACGAGAAUUGGGUAAUAGCAAGACAGAACGAACGCCGUUUGGAGGAAUCCAAGGCGGAAGCAGGUCAAUUGAGAAAUCGAUUGACCCUAAUAGAGAAAAACCUCAACGAGACAGAUCCAGAGGCAAAACUUCAUCGUUUGGAAGCAAACGGAGAGACGCCGACAUCGCCACAAUUGUACAUGGGAGCAGAGGCUUCGAGUUCGCCAAUAAUGUUUUCCGCUUCUUCAGGUGUUCCUUUGCCACCUCCUCCCUCGUACCUUUACGGUCCUCCUGUUCCGCCGUUUAUGCCACCACCGCCUCAUUCCUCUUCCGGUAUGACGUCCUACGAGGUCGGUCAAAGGCCACCGCCUCUCGGCGGACGUCUGUCCUCUCCACCACCACUUCCUUCGGUGAAUUCCGGCAGAUACGACAAUCCACGUUCACCGCCACCUCACCCAAUAAUACCUUCUUACGGAGGACACAGACCUUUUCCACCUUUUGGAAACGAGCGUAUCCAUCCUCCACCUCCUCCUCCUCCUCCUCCUCAUUCUUCACAUUUGCCACCGCCACUUCCACCAUUGGGCAGUUCGGGCUCGCACCCUUGGCCUGACGAAGCAAUUCCACCUCCGCCACUCCGUAAUUCAGGAUUUCAAGCCCAUCAACAACAGAGCCAACACCAUCAUCUCAAUCAUCCUCCGUUACCGCAUCAUCAUCAUCAUCAGCACCGAGAUAAUCAACAGAGAUCUCGUAAUCUCAAAGGACGCAAACGCUUCUCUAAAGUGAGACAAUUUUGGAGCACUAUGGAGGGAAAUAAUAAUAAUAACUCCAAGUAGUUGAACUGCCCUCCCCAACGCGCCUUUCAGGUUCCUUACACUCGUCCGGAGAAUCGCUGGACAAAAACUUAUAGUGGGAAGUUUCUAGAAUUUAUCUUUCAAUUCGUAUACGCGUGUACGAAAACAAAUGAAAAAAGUCAGUUCGACGAUUCCAAUGUACAGUACUGUUAGACAAGCAAGGAUAUUACAACAAUGUAAUGUGAAAGAAAAAAACUGAUUUGAUAUACGUUCGAUAGCAAGGAAUUGUAUGUUUUCAUUUUUUCACUCGGAAGUCUAAAAUUUCUGUAUCAUUUUGUGUAAAAAAUAUGAUGAACAAAGUUAAAAGGGUACAAUAACUAUUUUCAACUUGAGCUGUAAUUGGGUCUGGUAUCUUAUUAAAGAAAUUUGCAGCUGGAGUACCUCGGAUAAUUGUGUAUUUUUGUUGUUCAUAUAUAAAUCGGAAAAACGAAGCAAAAAGCUGAAGUAAUGAAAUUUUUCAUACCAAAACACCAAAUUCGCUUGAUAAUUCCGAAAAUUUUCGUUGUACGUCACUCAGUCUUCGAAUGCAAUUGUUAAAUAUGAUUUUAAUGAAUUUGAAUAAAAUUGUAAUUUAUUAUUA